AUGGCUGAUGAGUCAGAGUUCACUGUGAGCUCCGAACGGUCUAGCCGUUCAAAAGAAGAUCUGGAAUCUUCGAAGACCAAAAAGGAAUCAGAAUCCUUUGAGAAUUCUUCGUCAGAUGACACAAAGAAGUUUGAUAGAGGGAUAGAAUUCCUGCUCAGCUGUAUGGGGCUGUCCGUCGGCCUUGGAAAUAUCUGGCGCUUCCCCACCCGCGCUUAUGAGAACGGUGGCUCCGCCUUCCUCAUCCCAUACAUCAUCAGUGCAGUUCUAUUCGGCCUCCCAUGUGUCUAUCUGGAAUUCGCACUUGGUCAAUUUCACGGGCGGUCCCCUCCGUUCGUCUAUCGACGGAUGAUGCCAAUACUGGAGGGAUUCGGUUGGGGAGGUGCUAGUAUCGCUGCGAUCGUUAGUAUAUACUUCAUGCUGCUCAUUGCAUGGAUUGGUGUCUACUUGUUUAAUGUGAUAAUCGGGAAUUCGGGAAAGUGGGGACGAUGUGAUAAUGAGUGGAAUGAUGCAGCUACCUGCUUCAACAUCCCCGCCCAAGAACUAUGCAGAGGUGAUAACCCGGUUGGGUGGAACUCCACACUACCUGAAAAACUAAUCUAUAUGAAUGGGUCCUGCCACGAUUCCAAGGAUUUUGAGAAUAUCACGCUGAUGAGUGCAUCCGAGCAGUACUUUACAAACUCUAUAGUCCGCCCAUCCACCACCUUGACCGAUAUCAACACUCUCAACUUUCCAGUCUUCAUUGCGAUGGUCAUCGCGUGGAUUCUUACUGUACUUUGUAUUCACAAAGGCAUGAAAUUCAUUGGAAAACUCUCGUAUGCUACAGUAGUCCUUCCGUAUGUCAUCAUUAUCAUUUUGUUUGUGAGAGGUAUAACUUUGGAUGGAGCCGCCGAUGGGUUGAGAUUCUUUUUGGCUCAAACGGAUUUCAAUAAGCUGUUGAAUUAUGAGACAUGGACCGCUGCACUGACCCAGUUGUGUUUCUCAUUGGGGUUGGGAUUCGCUGGAUUGAUGAAUAUCGCCUCGUAUAAUGGGAAGAGACAUAAUUGUUAUAGAGACGCCAUCUUCCUCAUCGUCGGAGACACCUCCAUGUCGCUAAUCGGCGGCGCCGCUGUCUUCUCGACCCUCGGUUUCCUCGCCAAACAACGUGGUGUCUCCGUAUCCGAAGUGGUCGCCAGUGGCCCCGCGCUCGCGUUCGUCGCCUACCCGGACGCCAUGAAUCAGAUGCCGAUUCCAUGGUUGUGGAGUUUCUUGUUCUUCUUUAUGUUGUUGCUGUUGGGAUUUAGCUCGGAGUUGGUGAUGGUCGAGGAGAUGUGUUCAUGCCUGUGUGAUCGAUUUCCAUGGCUACGCGAACGGAAGAUUAUUGCGGUUGGCGGAGUCAGUGGGGUCCUAUUUUUGAUAGGGAUAGUAUUGACAACGGAUGCGGGAAUCUACUGGUUCGAGCUAUUCGAUCAAUACGGAUCAGGUUUUGGAGCUAUGAUCUCAGCUACCUCGAUGUGUAUCAUAGUGGGAUAUCUUUAUGGAAUCAGACACUUCAAAUUGGAUCUCGUCUCGAUGCUUGGUGAAGGAACACGAUGUUGCACUAACUUCCUGGGCCAUGCUAGCCCGUACUAUGGUAUAAAUUGGAAAUUCAUCAGCCCCAUCUUCGGAGUGAUUCUGAUGUUCCUGACGGGAUGGAGGUCUUAUCCAUAUAUGAAUAAGCCCGAGGUGUACCCACCGAUUUUUGAUAUCCUUGGCUGGACCCUUACCCUCUUCCCUACGAUGCUGGUAAUCUUGUGCGCAGUUCUUGCAUAUAGAAGAUUCAGAAAGAAUGGAAUUCCAACACGUGGAUUGUUUAUGGUCCAGAAGUCUCAUCCGUCGUUCGUACGUGUCUCUGAAGAAUGGUCGCCAGAGAAACAAGAAAUUGGGUGGGAGUUGCCGGAGGAGGAGGAGCCGGGAGAAUCUGGAGAAGAAUAG